AUGGUUCAGGAGCUCAUGGGAAACUGUGCCAAACGGCCUCGACAUCGGGGGCCUAAGGACCGCUGGCAGUGGCCCAGCUCGCCCCCAGGGGGCUCCCGCCCCGGCCCCGGCCCCGGCCCCAGCCCCGGCCCUGAGGAGCAGGGGGGCCCAGGGCCAGGCGUCCAGGGUUACUCGGUGCUCAGCGGCCUGGUGGGGCCCGCCUGUGUCUUCCUGCGGCCCAGCUUCGCCGCCACCCAGCUCGACCGGGAGCUGCGGCCGGAGGAGAUCGAAGAGCUGCAGGUCGCCUUCCAGGAGUUUGACCGCGACCACGACGGCUACAUCGGCUACCGGGAGCUGGGCGCCUGCAUGCGGACGCUGGGCUACAUGCCCACCGAGAUGGAGCUCCUCGAGAUUUCACAGCAGAUCAGUGGCGGAAAGGUGGACUUUGAAGACUUCGUGGAGCUGAUGGGCCCCAAGCUGCUGGCGGAGACGGCAGACAUGAUCGGCGUCAGGGAGCUGCGGGACGCCUUCCGGGAGUUUGACACCAACGGGGAUGGCUGCAUCAGCCUGGGGGAGCUGCGGGCAGCCCUCAAGGCCCUGCUGGGGGAGCGCCUCAGCCAGCGGGAGGUGGACGAGAUCCUGUGUGACAUUGACCUCAACGGGGACGGCCUGGUGGACUUCGAAGAGUUUGUGCGAAUGAUGUCUCGCUGAGCCCGCACGGAAGCUGGAGGCGGUAGACGGGACUCCGGACCACAGCCACUGCCUGCCAGCUGACCCCUCCCACUGCCUCCUACCCUGCCUGUGUGCGACUCCCUGCUCUGCCCUCACCUCACCCCUAUUUCCCCACCAAGCCCUCCCCCCUUCCUGGUCUCUCUGACAAUAAAGUGUCUUGGAGCCUGA